CAGCUCAGGAGGUAGGAACCAAUCAGUAGCAGACAGACAAUGUGUUUUCGAGUCUUUCUCUUUCAUACCUGCUCACCAUGAGAAAGCCUGGUAUCCUAGAAUAUGCUGAUGCAGUGCUUAGGACCCGUUUCAGACUUGUCACCUUUCUAAAGUGCUCUCUGGCAUCUGAAGAACAGGACUCCAACCCUUCGCUGUUUCACAGUUACAUUGGCCAGUUGGACUUUUCUUUCAGAUGGGUUAAUGCUGGAUUUUUGUACAUGGAUUGGAGUGGCUUGUGUGGCUUUCUUAUCAUUUAGUUCCUUCUGGGUAUUUAUUUAAAAAAAAAACACAAACUUAAUGCAGCACAUCAGAAGUUGAUAUGCAGCUGUUAGAAGAGAGAAUUGUUAAGAUGCUACCCUUUGGAUCAGCGUCUGUAAUCUGUGAUGUAUAAUGGAUGUGAAUACCAGGUCAUUCAACCUAAGCCGCCGUGUUCUGCAGGUGCUGGGGCUUGAGGAAGUGAUACUAUGCUGAGAUGGAGGCACCAUCUCCACUGGUGCUGCCAUGCUGCAAUGUGUCCCGUUUCAAUGGGCAGUCUGAGUGCUUCUCUGAGAGGGCUACCAAUUCAUCCAGUUCUGGACUCGAUUACAACCUCACUACCAAAAUCGUGCUUGAAGUUGUGAUCAUCCUUAUGUGCCUUGUGGCCAUCACAGGCAAUGUUUUGGUGAUUUUUAUAGUUGCAGCCACCAAGCAUUUUCACUCAGUGACUUCAGUAUUCAUCAUCAACCUUGCAGUCAGUGACUGUCUUGUAGGGCUGGGAGUCAUGCCAUUCGUUGCACUGUCCCUGCUGUAUGAGGACUGGAGGAAAUUUGACAAACUCUGCCUUUAUGUGGGGUAUACAUCGUCAGUAUACUGCACAGCAUCAGUCCUAACACUGGCAGCAAUUGCUUUAGACCGUUACCAUGCCAUCAUUGACUGUCUGCAGUAUAAUUCCCAGAGGACUGUGCGGAGAACAGUUAUCACUGUCAUUUGGAUUUGGGUGCAAGCUGCCCUGAGCAGCUGCCCUCCUCUUCUGGGCUGGGGGAAUUUAAUUUAUGUACCGGCUAUGUACAGCUGCACUGUGGAAUGGGCUAGUAGCCCCAGUUAUACAGGAUUUAUUGCUGGUUUCUCCUUUUUGCUCCCGGCAUGUGUGAUGGUGUUCUGCUACAUCAGAAUUGUGAAUGUAGCUAGGGGACAUGCUAGGAGGAUUCACGAUCUGGAAAACCAGCUGCAGAGGAAUUCAACGGAAACAAAUUCACCAGAAUCAGUGAAGCCUACAUUUUCAAAACUGAUUUACAGUGUGAACUCAAAAAUUAUUUCAGAGCAACACUCAGAUGAUUCACAAAGUAUCUCCAGCAAUAUGCAUAAUCUUUCUUCUAUUGUAAACCUGGACAGUAACAAUGAUAUUCUUUCCAGGCAGAGUCUUCCAGGCCGGGAACAUCAUGGAGCCUUGCGUCUGUUUUUUGCAAUAUUUGCUUUUUUCUGUUGCUGGAUGCCAUAUAUUAUUGUAGGGAUAAUGCAAGCAAUUGAAAAAACAACUUCAAACCUACCUAGCAGCAUUCCUACUCCUGUAAUUACAGUAGUUUACUGGCUUGCACUUCUGAAUUCAGAUAUCAAUCCUUUAGUUUAUGCGCUACUCAGCAAAAGAUUUCAGAAGGCUCUGGUAAGCUUAUAUCAAAAACUCUGGACAAAGCCAAGCAUUCAGCAACGGCAGCCUCGUAGACCUUCAGAAAUACCUACAUAUCCACCAUGUAGACAUGUCAGGACAGGCUCAAAUGUCACAAGAAUUUCUCAUGUCAGUCAGCCUGAUAGGAUACGUCACUCUGAGCAAUCUGUGUUUUCUGUUGGUUCUUCUGGACAUAGAAGCCUUAGUGAGGUUUUCUUGCCUGGACAGUUCUCUAGCCCACCUACUUUAAAUGAGCAGGAAUCUGAACAGCAAGAAAACACGGGUAAUGAAUCACAAGAUGGCAUAAUUCUAAAGCCAGAAGGUCUUCCAAAAAACUAUUUGCAGGUCCCACCUGUUCCACUAGAGCGUGGACAUUUUCUUCCAUCUCCAAGCUUAAGUGAAAGACAAUCAAUAUUUGUAUGUGGUAAUAUUAUUAUUAAAGUGGACUUUGACACCUGAAAAUGCUUAGAAUAUAACAGUUCAUACAAUUUAAGAAACAGCCUUCAGAUAUGGUAAAUCAGGAAUGUGCCAAAAACUUCUUAAUAUUCAUAAUAUUCUUUGACAAAGCAUUAAUUUAGGUAAGCAUCAAGGUGAACAUCCUAAAUAUUGUGUUCAAUGGAUGGCCAAAAAAGGGAAUGUUGCAGUACUACCCUCUCUCGGGAUUAUCUUGAAAGUAAACACAGAUGCUUGUAAACAUCAUGUGAUAUGCCUGUUUUAGAAAGGAUGGCUCUGUACUAAGAAGAGUAAACAGAAAAAAAGUGUAGCAAUCACUCAUGCUGCAGUGCAAAUGUCAACAUUCAGGACAGCUAUGUUCAAUUAUUUAUUUGUUUGUAGUUACUAAAUUUCAGUAGUAUUUUAUAUUUGAGGCAAUUAUAGACCUAAAUGUGACAUUCCCAACUAUUUAAAGACAUUUGUUUAAUGCCACUGAGACAAUUAUUUUCUUUCUUCAGACACAAUCUUUACCUUACAACAAAAGUACAGCAAAGUCAGUAUUGGCAAAUUCAUGUAACAGUACUUACUCACAUUGCUAGUUGUAAAGUAUUUUAUUAUUUUAGCCAAGUAUGUUUUGACAGUGGCUAUGCUUUUAAACAUUAGAUGUGUUGAUUUCACAUUUGACUGCAUCUUAUUUCCCAAAAUGCAUUGUGUUUUCAGGUUAUUGCUGCUUUGUAAUCUGGGGCAGCAUCUAAAAUAUUGCUUACAAUACAGUGUGUUCAUUCUGAUCUUCCAAACAUGUCUCAACAUGAUGUUUACAGUUUAUUCUAGUCACAUGGAUGUAUAACAUGAAAAUACUAUUUUGUUUCUAAUGAUAUAUAUUCAAAAAACAUUUUUGUUUCCAUCCUCUGUUCCUAUGGUGGCCAAGCCAGUUUUAAAAGUGUAAUGUAGUUCAAUAUAUGGACUAGACUGGAUUUUCAACUUGUUUUUAAGUGUUGGGUCAAGAAAUGGUUACUGAUUUUUAGUAAACAGAACUGAUUUAUAA